AUGUUCAGCUCACCCACUAUCUACAUCUUGCUUACCGAGGCGGGCGAACAGGCUUGUCUGAAUUGCUCCAAAUCCAAAUGCAAAUGCGUUGAUCGACCAGGAAGUCAGGGGUGUGAAAGAUGUUAUCGGCUGAACAAGACGUGUCUGCGAGGUACCUCAACGAGAGCGAUGCAGUCCCAGAAGAACAAUACUGUCGCGCGCAUUGCUCAGCUAGAAGGCAAGCUGGAUGAGCUGGUGUCAUCUCUUCAGCCACAAAACCCACGAAGCACUUCUAGCAGUUCUGUUAGGAACUCUCUUUCUACUGCAGCAUCCGAUACCAGCUCCCCUGCUACAUAUGGAGAUCAUAAUAUCCCCGCAGCAUCGGCGUCUAGUUCGGACGGCUUGGAUUCUUCCCCGGAAGAGUCUCUAGAUAUAUUCCGUACUCACAUGCUUCAGUAUUUUCCCUUUCUACAUAUUCCUAGCGACGUGCAAUGGAUGCGUCAGGAGCGGCCAUUCCUAUUUCUCUGCAUUAUGGCCGUAACCUGUCCCUCAAUACCGACCAAGCUCGCCUUAGGGGAGAAGAUCAGAAAGAUUGCUACAGAAAAAAUGUUCCUUUCUAGUGAUCCAGGGGCAGUGAACCUCGAUCUGCUCCUAGGCCUUUUGACAGUUCUAGCGUGGGGUUACGACCACUUACUACAUGACACCGCAAUGGGGCUGCCGCGAUUUACUCAGCUCGCUAUAACGGUUGUUUACGAAUUGCGUCUUAACAAGCCACUUCCUGAUGAUUCUAAUGUCCUUACUGCCGGACUCGGCGGCUGCACUUCGACGAGGGCACCAAUGCGGACGCUCGAGGAGCAGCGAGCAGUCCUAGCAUGUUUUAUUUUGAGCUCCAUUGUAUCGACGUGUCUUGACAACAUCCAACCGAUGCAAUGGACGUCACAUAUGGAAGAAUGUCUCGAAGCUCUGACUCGGAAAGGUGAAACUCCGCUUGACGAAGUGUUCGCUCAUCAAGUCCGAUUGCACCGAAUUGCAAGAGAGGCGGAGCAUAUCCGAAUUGCGUCGACAGCGGUUCCGGCAGCGUUUCACCUCACUGCUUUGCAGCGAAAGGUCAAUGAGGUCAAGCAGAGUAUAACACCUGACUUGCAAUAUAAUAGCCUAUUCCGUGCCUCGACGUACUACACUGAGCUGAGCAUCCACGGCCUCGUCCUCUCAAAGAAGCAAGACAUCCCAGACUUACAAAGACUCGAAGGACUCCACGCAUGUCUCGAAACAGCCAGAUCAGCGUUAGACAGCUUCUUCCAGAUAUCACCCACCGACGACUAUAUCGGAAUUUCGUUCCCCUUCUUCAAUUAUCUCGCGCGGAGCAUCCUAGUCAUCAUGACACUGUCAACGAUGAACGACCCCAUCUGGGACACAAACCUGGUGCGAUCGACUGUGGACGUUCUAUGGAUCUUGGACCACCUGAUCAACGACGUGCAACAAGCCAAGGCAUCGAGAGGCGAAGAAAACGAGUCAGCCAAUGGAUUCUUGGACAAGUCAACCAAGAAACUCCUGUCGCUUCGUGCUUCUGCAUACGCCGCGCUGGUGCCGGCGAAGCCGCAGCAGCAGUGUAGUAGCGUUGCCCAAGGGGCCGAGGACGACUUGCAGGUGUUGCGCAUGUUUCGGGCCUACGAACUGAUGGACGCGGGGCUAAUGGCUAGUUUCAUGGAAGGGACAGCUAUCUUCGAUGGAUUUUAUUAG